AUGCGGUCGUGGAAGUGGAUUAUGCCAGUGACCCUGCUGGGCCUUGGCUUAGGUCUUGUUGACGCUUGGCCUUCGGCAGAACACCAGCACAAGGGAUCUGGUCAUGUUCACAAGAGAUGUCCCUUUGCCGACAUUUCCAAAGGGGCUAAGGAUGAAUUGUACAAGCGCUCGUCAACAAAUUCCAUGAAGAUGCCAAUUGACAUCACCAGGGAGCACGAAUUCGUGCCACCCAACUUUGAAAAUGGGGACCAACGAGGACCUUGCCCUGGCUUGAAUGCGAUGGCAAAUCAUGGCUAUAUCCCACACAAUGGUGUUGUCUCUUUCGCCGAGGUCAUCACUGCAGCCAAUGAAGUCUACGGAAUGGGCAUUGACCUUGCCACUGUCCUCGCAGUGAUGGGCACAGUCUGGGUGGGUGAUCCAAUCUCAUUGGAUCCUAGCUUUUCCAUUGGAGGGGUUUCACCUACUAUGAGCGACCUCCUAGACAACCUAGGUGGUCUGUUAGGUACGCCUCAGGGUCUCAUCGGAUCUCACAAUUUCAUCGAAUCGGACGGGUCCAAUACUCGCGACGACCUCUACGUUACAGGAAACAACUACGGGCUCGAUAUGGACAAAUUCCUCGAAUGGUACCAUAUGUCAUCGGACGGUACAUUUGACAUAGACUUGAUGGCCGAACGGGCAAAUAUUCGUUUGAAGCAGGCAAAGGCAGCUAAUCCCAAUUUCUUCUACGGCCCUAUUACUGGACUUGUAGCGCGCAACGCGGGUUUCGUUUUCCCAGCUCGACUAUUCGCGAACUACUCAGAGGAGAAUCCAGAUGGAGUUACUACCAAGGAGACUAUCCGCAACUUUUAUGGCAUCUACGAGGAGGAUGGUAAAUUAGUUAGCAAAGAGGGCUGGGAAAGGAUUCCUGAGAAUUGGUAUAAAGCACAAACGGACUACGGCCUGCUUCAACUCAAUUCGGACAUUCUUGAGUGGGCGCUGAAAUACCCAGAGCUUGCUAGCAUCGGAGGCAACACUGGCACAGUUGACAGCUUCACUGGCAUUGACGUCACUGACCUCUCUGGAGGAGUUCUGAAUCUGACUACUUUGCUGCAGGGCAACAACUUGCUCUGCCUGGUCUUCGAGGUUCUGAAGCUUGCGAGCCCUGAUGCCCUGGGCGGGCUGUACAAGACUCUGUCGGUUCCAUUGGGAUUGAUCGAAAAUGCCAUUGCUGCGCCCCUGCUAAACAUGUCGUGCCCAGCCUUUAAGGAAUUGCAGAUGGGUGGAAAGCCUUUCUGGUCGACUGCCCUGAAUGUGUUCUCGGGCGCGAAGAAGAGCGGUUCCGCGCUUUGA